CGCAAGUGCAAAGAAGCGAGUUCUCGGCGUUUCUCGCGGUGUGUGGGAGAUGCGGUUGCCGCUCUAGAGAGAGCCAGGAGAGCCAGGCUGCACUUGGUCUGCUAGCUUAGCCCCGUCUUCGCCCCCUGGCCCCUCUGGAGUGGCCGACAGAAUGAAGACCACAGGCAUGGAACACCGCCGGAGGUGCGAACAUCCCUGCAAUGCAUGUCUGCCGCAUCGUGCCUUGACGUGUCCACUUGAUGGCAUUUCUGUCUGUCUGUCUGUCUGUCUGUGUGUGUGCAGCACGUUGAUGAGCCAGGGAAGUCCUGGCGCCCCGCUGGCCGAGCGGAGGGCUUCCUUGAUCAACCGUAUAAUGACCGAGCCUGAGCCGCCGGAGGAUGCGACAAAGACGUCUCGCUACAGAAGAGCACUGAGACGCCUCCGUAGUGGAAUCGAACGAAGCUACAGGGCCUUCGACAGGUUCCUGCGUUUGCCUUCCGUCGGACUGGCCUUUGACUCGCUGAAUGUGAUCUUCAGGUGGGCACGCAGACGCAUCCAUCACACGACUUGUGUGCUGACUGACGUAGUCGCAUGUCUGUCUCUUUUCUCUGUCGCCAACAGUCUGCUGUCGAGUAUGUUCUACAUCUGGUCAACCUACGAUGAGAAGGCAACGUGGAUUCCCUUUGCCGAGGACGUCAUCAGCAUCUUCUUCUUCGCCGACUACGUGAUCCGGCUGUGGGGGGCUCCCCACAAGCUGCACUUCGUGCGGAGCUUCAUGGCCAUUGUGGAUGCUCUGACGCUGGUGCCCUUCAUCCUGGACAUGGCUGUGUCCUUCUACGAGGAAGGCCGCUUCAGGCUGGGCGACGGCGAGGAGGCGGUUGGCGAGUUGAGCAUACUCUUUGUCUUCCGCGUCUUGCGUAUCCUCCGCAUCCAGCGGGCAUUCAUCUACCUAGAGAACGAAGUCACACAACAGAUACUCAGGAUACUCCUCACACUCUUCAGGUCAGACCUGUGGGCCAGGGAGGGAUGUGGGUGGAGGCAGACACCAAAAAGAUGGAUGGCUGGGUCGUUGUCGUGCAGUCUGGCUCUGUUUGGCGCGGGGCUGCUGCAGCGGCUGGAGGAGAAGAACACCGAGGGGCCCUUCGAUUUUCACACCAUGCUGUAUUUUGUCGUCAUAACGAUAUCCACUGUCGGUGAGUGUCUCGUGCGACCGACUCCAGCCAUUACUAUACAUGUCAGCUCAUGAAUUCAGGCUACGGUGAUAUCGUGCCCGAGUCGCCGGCGGGUCGGGUUAUAGUCUGUGCCCUUCUGGCCUUCUUCUUCAUCUCCAUCCCGGUGCAGACCAACGAGCUCUUCAGGCUGAUGGGCAUGCAGUCGGUGUACGCGCGCAAGACGUACAAGAGCCAGCUGGAGAUACCGCACAUCAUCAUCACUGGUGCACGAGAAAGACACUCGCUGGUCUCGCUCCCCUCAGCAGGCGUCCAUGCUGUGUCUGUCUUUCCUUUGUCUGUCCAGGCUGUGUGGACGUCCGGUCUCUGGAGGGCCUGCUUUUCUCUUUGCACGCGGAGCGACCAGCAGGUGCUCAGGUACAUGACAUGACCCAUUCAUUGAGGGUGACGCACAAUGGUUGACGCUUCCUUCCUGUCAACUCGGCAUUCAGGAUCCCAAUGUGGUCAUUCUGCAGCCGCUCGCCCCCAGCCCAGCGAUGGAGGCCUUCCUACGCCAGCCCAACUACGUCGGCAGCAUCACGUAUCUCCAGGGCUCAUCCGUCGACUCACGCGACCUCAUCAACCGCUGCCAGGUCGCCAGGGCCGCGGCCACCAUCGUGCUGGCCAACCCGAUCGACAUCGUGGGUAUCGAUGACGACCGCUUGAAUGUGUUUGCUGCGCUGGUCGUCAAGCACACGGCGAGGAGCGUGGGGGCGGCCGACCACAAGGUCGUGCUGCAGCUCAAUCGGGCGGCGAUAGAUUUCCACUACUUCGACUCUGACUCCGCCCAGUCGAUUGAUCAGCCGGUGCCGAUCCAGAAGUUCUGUAUGGCACUGCUGGGGAUGUCGUGUCUCUGCCCAGGCAUCAGCACGCUCGUCUAUAACCUCUUCACCCAUCCCCGGCAGGAGGAGUCGGCCGCCUUCGACAAGGCCACCCCGUGGGAAGAGGACUUCAACAUCAGCCGGGCCAUGAAGGCAGGUCUCACACGCUGACAGACCGACUGACUGACUGACUCGUCAGGGGUGGAGCGUCUGAUGGUUGGUCGUUUGUGUAUGUGUCUGGUGCUUGCUGCAGAUCUUCAAGACACCCCUGCCGGCUCACUUUGCGGGCCAGACUUUCUGUCAGGUGGCCAACAAAGUGUUCAAUUCGACCGGUGCCAUCCUGUUUGCACUGGAGGUCGAUGUGGCCAACACAUCUGUGCUCAGACUCAACCCGUCCACGUACACGUAAGUCGUGAUUGAGUGAGCAGAGCUUCUGUCUCGUCUCAUCCAUUGCUUCUUCCUUUCUUCGGUCCUUCCUUCGUGCAGCCUGCCUUCAUUCGAUGACAACCUUGUGUCGGCUUACGUGAUUGCCGAGGACGCCGAGCAAGCCGCUCUCAUCGAAGAGCUCGCUGAGGUGAGUGAGUGAGUGAAUCAACGAGACAGACUUGUCUGCACACCCACCCACGCGCAUCGAGGGAGGGAGAGCCUUCCUCUUUCUCUCUGUCUGUCUGUCUGUCUGUAUGCCUGUGCAGGACGGUGGGUUUCUGGCAGUGACCGGCAAGCGGCGUCGCAAGCGGCCGUCGCAAGGCAGGCAGCACCGACAGGGCAGACCUGAGGGCGACAUCAGACUGCUCCCCCAAGACACGGGCCAGAUGGUAGAUGCAGACCUCCUGACUAUCCAUUCUCCAGCGAUGGAGUGCCACUUUCUGUGUUUUUUCUUUCCUCACGGAUGGAUAGGAUGGUCGUGUGCAGCCCAAUCCCUACGAGGACCUCGACGCGCUGUUCGAAGAGUAUUGGAUACUAAAAGUGAGCAAUUACACUCCCACGUGUGCUUUGUGUGUGUGCGUAUUAACACGUGUGUGUGUAUCGUUGCACAGGAGGCGUGUCCUUUGGCUGACGUGAAGCUGCAAGGCGACGCGGCCACAAUGGACAUUCAGGAGCACAUCAUCGUCUCCAGCAAAGCGCUCCCAGUGAGUCGCUGCGGGAUACAGAUGGACGACUUCAUGCAUCGAUCACUUCGUGUGUGUGUUUCACUGGUCCAUCAGGAGAACCUGUUGCAUCUGAUUCUCCCGCUGCGGUCCAAGAGCGCCGCGUCCGUCAUACCUAUCGUCUUCCUGGUGAGAGAGCCCCCCGCUCCCGGUAGAUGUGCACAUCUCCUGCAGAAGUUCCCCCUGGUCUACUGGACGGAAGGCAAUCCGCUCAACAGAGCCGAUCUGGUGAGUGAGAGAGGGAGGCACGCCUCCUUCAUAUGUGGAUCGUCGUUGUGUGGUGGCACCGGCCGUGCAGGAGAGGGCGGGGAUUCACGACGCAUCCAUGGCCAUCGUGCUGUCGUGCCCCGCAGACGCCACAUCGAUAGGCACCGAGUCCGCAGACUCAACACUGAGAGGCCGCGAGAGCGUUUCUGACUGGCUGCUGGACAUCGACACGGUGUUCCAGUACAAGUGCAUCAAGGGCGCCCGGCCCGACAUGCCCGUCUAUUGCAUGAUGAUGGUCGCAGACAAUGUCGAGUUCCUCGAGGCGUCAACGAUCGACGCCCUGCGACGACGGAUGAAUGCGGCAGGGGCGGAGGGAGACCAGCUCAAGGCUCUCAUGCCCAGCACGUCGCCGGCCCAGCUGGCUGCCCAGCGGCUGGCCAAGAGAUCGAUGGCUGCUGUUGAUGUGCCACCCACGCGCUCGCACCUCGUCGCAGCCGGAGAGGUGUUGCUGGCUGGCUUGGGGGAGUCGCUGACGGUGCAGGCCCUAUGGCACCCACACAGGCUGUCCAUCAUACGACAACUCAUCUUUGUGAGUGAGAAAUGCAAGCAAAUCCCCAGUCUCCAUCGUCUCACCUUGGCAGGAAGAGACUGAGAGUGAUCCGAUUGUGAACGCCAUCUGCCAGUCCUCCGGAUUGCUCCAGUCCCGCUUGUACCUGGUGCCGAUGCCCGAGGAGCUUCAGAACCCAACUUUCGGACAGCUCUUCCACUGGCUCGCCACCGAACACCACAUGGUGAGCCAGUCAGUCAUGCGCGCCUCCGAUAACCCUCCCUUCCAUUCUCCUUCCUUGCAUGUCUCAAUCAGAUAGCGCUCGGUGCCUACUGCGGGGCCAACGGUCGCUUCUCGCCCCGUCAGAACCGGUCUCCGUAUGUGUUCCUCAACCCGCCGUACGACACGCGGCUGUCGCACCUCGACCGCAUCUAUGUCCUCUCGCCGCGGAUACCCACCGUAUGUCUGUCGGCUUGCAUGAACAUACUGAAGGACAGACACAAGCAGGGAUAUACGGUUUGUCGGGGUGUGUGCAGUCGUUUUAUUUCCACAAUCGCCAUCUGCCCGAGGUUGUGCAGUCACAGGCGUUGAUUGCGAGGAGAGCAGACGUACGCACAGCUGACCGGGACAGAUGGAGGAGACAUGAGGCAGACAUCCAUAAUCUCUCCUUGUACAAUCUCUCUCUCUCUCUCUCUCUGUGCGCGCGCGUGUGUGUGUGUGUGUGUCCCAUUUCAGCACGAGGAUGAGAUUGCGGCCCUCACUGGCUCCCCUCUCCCCACCGCACAGACAGCCGAUGUGCAUCAGGCGCUGGAUGACAUUGUGGCGUAUGUUGAGGGCGUGGACAAGACCGUCACAGCGCUCGAGGAGGCCACCUGGAAGGCCAAGCACGAGCUCAGACAAAAGGUGGGAGCACAGCAUGUUUCAUCAUGACACGUGUGUGUGUGUGUGUGUGUGUGAGCAGAUUCAGGAUUGCAUCCACGAGGAGCUGCUGCACACGGCCCCCCCGAGGAAAGGCUCAACCAAGCGUGUGUCGCUCGCUGGCGUCUAGUGUCUAUAUGUGUGUGUGUGUGUGUGUGUGUGUGUGUCCGCAUAAGGCGAUUUCGAUGUGAUAUUUGUGUGUGUGGCUG